AUGAACGUGUUCAGGGCGGCAACCCGAGCUCUCCGCGACGAUGUGCUGGCGCGUGCAGAUGUGGUGGUGACGACGCUAUUUUCGACAAGUGAGACCAGUCUGCGAUGCAACCCCCAGCCGAUCCUGAUUGCUGUCGACGAGGCCGCAAAGAUCGCCGAGCCAGAACUCUGGCCGGUUCUCGCAUUCUAUCAUCCCAGAGCGUGGCUCUUGCUGCGCGUAUCGCUCUUUGCCCGGUUGAUUGAGACCGGUCUCAUGGACGUCUCCCUGACAAUGCAACACCGCAUGUGUGCAACCAUAUCCCGCCAGGUCAACGGCGUGUUCUACGAAGAUCGUCUGGAAGAUGCGCCGGCGAAACGGUCCAUCGCAUCCGCGCAGUCCGCAUCAUCCUCAUAUGUCAUUUCCGGCCGUAUCUUUUACUCGUACACUGACAUCAAACCUGAUCCGACCUGUAGAAAGAACACUACGGCUCUAUGGAGCAAUAUAUCAAUGCCUUUCGACAAGCCGUUUUCCACGUCCAGUCAAGCUCAUCAUGUCUUUUGGUCUCCGGAUAUGAAGUGCUACGUAACUGGGAUAACUGCAGACGGCACCCUCAUUUUCUCUGCUAUCUUCUAUCUCAGAGCCUAUGGCUCAUUCGGCGCAGAGCAGAGUACAGAGGCCCGUGAAGCUCCUGCUGCCACUGCAAGGGAGAUGUAUGCAAAAUUUAAUGAUGACCAGCGCCGUGUCUUUGAAAAUUACGAUCACCUUAAUGAGAAGCCGGAAUUUACACAUUUUUAUUUGCAGGGCCCUGGCAGCACCGGCAAGACCUUUCUCUACGGAGCCCUCUAUGCCGAUGUCCGUAGAAAUGGUCGAACAGUUUACAGCAGGAUGUUAUCGAUGUGA